UGCAGGCAAAUACGUGUGUGUGUGUGCUAACCAUUUUACACCAAACUGCUUCGUAAACGUGGGUCAGUACAAUGCAGGAUUUGCAUCAAAGCUGUUAAUCAAGGAUGGAUCAAUACCAACUCUGCAUGAUCCCACCACUUCAUAUCUGAGAAGCACGAGUUGUAAACUCAGCCCUCUUCUGGAAAGGGGACGGGGAACAUCAGCUCGUUUGCAUUUAAAAAAACACACACGAAAACUUCAUGUUUAUUUAAUUUUACCCAAAAGGGGCAUUUACGGCAAAACGGAACAAAAUAUCGAUGAGUCAUCCAGCACUACACGGGUUCUUGUCCAAUCAGAUGCUCUCUAGAAUGAGAAUGUCCCUCCCACUAAAUGAUCUCUCUUCUCUGCUCUAAUCAUGGUUCGUCGGUGUGUAUUUGGCUGUUCUAACGCACGUACUUUAUUUUGUUUCCCAACCACAAACUGGUUACGAAAAAAGUGGCUGGAAUUUAUACAUUUUGAAGAAGGGGCUAUUUGCGCCAGCUCGCGGCUUUGUGACAGGCACUUCUCUGACGAAUCCUUCACCAAUUUGGGGAUGGUUACUGCUGGGAUAACGUGCUACCUUACAUUAGCAAACACGGCCGUUCCCACUCUGUACACUGUAGGCGCUUCCCCUCCCGCACGAGUAAGUAUUGCUUUCUUCAGAAGCUUCUUAGACGUUGCAUUUCUUUCAUCAAAAUGUAAUCACUAAGCUCUUCGCCUUGGAAACAACCUUUCAUGUAUGCUAUGCUGAGUGACGUAGCGGCGUCAUGACGCAGGAAUCAUUUGAACCGGAUCUUUCGAUCCGAUUCUUUAAAAUGAACAGUCAAAUAAGAACCAGUUCGCGUCACGGAAAAGAGUCGGAUCGCCAAACACUGAACGAGCAUAGCAAGCGACGGACAGAUAUGGUGAAAAGGUGCGUUUUGGGUUGUUAUCCGCACAAAACCUUGUUCCCUUUCCCCAAGCUGCCGUGGUUGCGAGCCCGCUGGCUUGAAUUUUUGCAUUUUGAGGAAGGAGGAAUAUCGGAGAGCUCGCGGUUGUGUGCGAAGCAUUUCGCCCCAGAAUGCUUCACAAAUUUACAGCAGUACGACAUGGGCUUCACUGACUUUCUUAGCUUGAUAGAUAUGGCUGUUCCGACAAUAUACACCGUUGGUCCAGCACCGAGUGUGAAGCCAAUAACACGCGAGAUAGGCUGCCAGUGUAAUGCUCUGAUUCUGAAGAGCGUUGCGGUCCAAGCAGUACGCACCCAAAAAAAGCCAAAACGGAGAAGUAAAGCCAUUCAAGUGAGACCUCUUUUGAGUCAUUGUGCUAGUGUGUCCUGCUCCGAUGAGGAUUUUCCCGUCAAAUCUGAAUCUUCAUUUACAUUAACACCAAUUAAAAGGCCACGCAUGGAGGAUUCCCCUGAGAGGUCUACACACAGCUCAGAAGAACCAACAGAUGACACCCACGUGCCUAAUAUAAUUAAAGAAGAUGACAUAAAAUCGGAGCAAAAAUCAGAAUUGAGCACUAAGGCUCGCAGUGUGACUGAGCCUUGGUGUCCACAGCAAAUGUUCUUGGAUGCCACUUUAAAUGUUCAAGCUCUUUAAACAUAGAUUCUGACAUUCUGUUGUACAUUUUACAUUUAUGUGGUUUUACAGUUAAGAAAUAUUCUGAGUGACUGCAACAAUAUCAUUAUUUUUAUAGUUAUGGCAUGG